AGCCUCCCUUUCUCAGUCUGCUCCAGACUCAACACAGGCCACCCACUCCUCAGACAGGAAGCGACUGUGGGCCAAAAUGACAGAGCGCUAUGACUGCCACUACUGCAAGGAGUCCCUGUUUGGGAAGAAGUACGUUCUUCGAGAGGACAACCCCUACUGUGUGAAAUGUUACGAAAGCCUGUAUUCCAACACAUGUGAGGAGUGCAAGAAACCCAUUGGCUGCAACACCAGGGAUCUGUCCUACAAGGACCGCCAUUGGCAUGAGGACUGCUUCAAGUGCUUUCAGUGCAAGCGCUCUCUGGUGGACAAGCCCUUCUCCACCAAGGAUGACCAGCUCCUGUGCACUGAGUGCUACUCUAAUGAAUAUUCCUCUAAGUGCCAUGAGUGCAAGAAAACCAUCAUGCCAGGCUCCAGGAAGAUGGAGCACAAGGGUAACAGCUGGCAUGAGACCUGCUUUACCUGCAAGAGAUGCCAGCAGCCAAUUGGCACCAAGAGCUUCAUCCCGAAGGAGAACCAAAACUUCUGUGUGCCCUGCUACGAGAAGCAGUUUGCCAUGCAAUGUGUGCACUGCAAGAAGCCCAUCACCACUGGUGGGGUGACCUACCGUGACCAGCCCUGGCACAAGGAUUGCUUUCUGUGCACCAGCUGCAAGCAGCAACUGUCUGGCCAGAGGUUUACCUCUAGAGACGACUUUGCCUAUUGUCUAAACUGCUUCUGCAACCUUUAUGCUAAGAAGUGCGCCUCCUGCACCACCCCAAUCAGCGGUCUGGGUGGCAGCAAAUACAUUUCCUUCGAGGAGCGCCAGUGGCACAAUGACUGCUUCAACUGCAAGAAGUGCUCUGUGUCCCUGGUUGGACGUGGCUUCCUCACCGAACGUGAUGACAUCCUGUGCCCAGAGUGCGGCAAAGAUAUCUGAUUCAACCUGGCAGAUAAAUCUGAUCCGGUGAUCAAGUUACAAUCCAAAAAAAUGGCAAAGAUACAGAUAAUCCUUUCAGAGCACAGCAUCUUUAGUGUUACCAUAAAUGCACACUGUUUUAAGCUACGAAUGUCAGACUACUAAUGGUGGUAUUUGAAAUUACAAACUUUAUUCAAGUUACAUGCACAUGCCUGGGGGAAAAUAUAUUACAAUAUUGCUAUGCAUGAAUAUAAAGAUAUGCUUAUGAAAUAAAUUAUAGCAGCAGGUAGAUUCUGUAUGAUGCACUCUGGAAUAAAUCUACAACAUUAAUGCAAA